AUCCAGAUUUCUCUAAAAUUUCAAUUAAUCGUUUAAAUAAUACCGCGUUUGUUUAAAUGCAUGGCUAUUAAGAGACAAUGUAUAUAUUAAAUGAUUUAACAUUUUUAAAUCUCGUUACGUAUAGACUUUAAAUGCGAAAUCAUUCAUCGGUGAUGUAAACAAUAACAAAUGUGUGUAACGCGGACGACUUUGUUAAGCUGUCAAGUCAGUCAUCUGUUGGAAUCCGACGAGUAAACAUCGUAGCUCUCUUACCUCGCGUUCGUCCGUAUAAUUAUUGAAUUCUUUCAAUUGUUUUACAAUUAUUUAUAUACGUUCUGUAUUGUUGCAUUAUCUCAAUCAAUUCAGAAUUAACGUUUACGAUUGAAAUAUUUCGUUAUCAAUCGUAAUAAAUUAUUAAUUGAAUUAAUGAUUAACGAAUAAAACAUUUGUUUAUCUUAUCCUUACUAAGGUCUUUCGUCCUUCUUAAUUAUUAUAACGAUUUAUAACAACGAGUAUUGGCGUAAUUCUUAAACGAUUUUAAUAAACAAAGUCUCAUUUUAAAGAUGAAGGAUAAAGAGAGAAUUUUUGAAGAAGGUUUAUUUACUUUCUUCUUUGUCUUUUUUAAAAAAAAAGAAGUGUUAAAAAAUGACGUUCUUUCGGCAAUAGUCUACGCAUAAAAAUAAAGCUGUUUAAAAAAUUCGAAAAAAUUUGAUAUAUUAUUUACUUUUACUAAAUGUAAAAAUUUCUGUCGCACACUCGAUUGUUAUUAUGCGUGAAAGGAGUAUAACCUAACAAACUUAAAUACGCAUAGUGUAUAAUAGGCGUAUAGUGGGGAUGGUGUUUCUUUAUUGUGUUCAAAAUUUGAGUGAAAUAAAAAUGUAAUUCUACAAAGUGAUUUGUCAAUGGUUUCCAUCGAGUGUUUACGAAGUAAUUGCCAUUGAUUUUAACUUUCAAAUUUCGAUAACAGAUAGCGCUUUGAUCACCGCGAAUUAGUCACGUGAUCACUCGUCAUUCUUAAUCGAAGAAAUAGAAAAUGGCGAUUACGUUUGUAGGAAGAUUAUUAAAUAAUCUUUGUGCAACACCCAAAUGCAACAUAGGAGUUGUUAACCAAUUCGUUGUACAAACACGUGAUUAUGCUGCAAGGAAAGGUACAAGAGCAAGAAGAGAAGCAAAGAAAGUUAAACGGAAAAUAGAAAAAAUUGAAAAACUUGGAUUCGUAGAACGAAAACUCAAAGAAAGCCAAGCCAAAUUAAAUAAAUCAAUAAUUAAAAGAAGGGUGGACGACGAUAAGUACAAAACAAUUCCAACCGAUAAUGUAUGGUUAUUAUGUCGUCAUCGCAAGAAAGUAUAUACCAUAGAAGAAGCGGUGCAAUGUCAUCGUGAAACACACCAUCCCACUCUAUUAAAUUGUCCUAAUUCUAAAGUCAAUGCAAAAAUUGAAUUGAAUUUAGAGACAGAGAAAAAAGGAAAGUUAAUUGGUGCUUUUACUCGAAUCAUAGAUUAUCCUCAUUGUUUUGGUCAUGAAGAGACCAGAAACAUAAUAGCCUUUUCUUCGAAACAACAAGUAAUCGAAAAAGCUUUGAAGGCAGGUGCUACCUUGGCUGGGGGAAAAGACCUUAUAAAGUCAAUUAAGGCAGGAGACUUGGCUUUACUCGAAUAUCAAUACUGUUUAGCAGAACCGGAUAUUUUAGCCGAUUUAAUAUUAAUUAGAGGUUUAUUGAAAAAGAAAUUUCCAACAUCCAAAGCAGGUACCUUAAGUCCCGACCUUGAGAAUUUAGUAAAGAAAUUUGUUUUGGGUAUCAAGUAUAAUGCCGUACCCGAAAAAUUGGAAAAAAAUUACGGUCUGAUCGAGUGUCCUAUCGGAACGCUUGAUAUGGAUAGUAAGCAUUUGGAAGAGAAUUUUGCUGCUCUUAUCAAUGACAUUAAUUCCGUCAAAUCUAAAAAACAUACUAAUUUUAUCAUAAGAACGCAGUUACUCAGUCCACCGACAAAGGAAUAUUUUAUAGUAGAUUUUACUCAAUAUCUGCCAAAAGAAAUUCCUAAAAAGGAUCAGACAGUGGAGGAGGGAUUGAUGGGGAACGAAGAAGAAGAAGAAGAAGAAGAAGACAUCUCGCAUGCUGUCAUACCGUCUCAAUAGUUAUAGAAUAUAAGCGUAAAUUUUCGAAA